ACUCUUUUAUAAAAAGGAUAAACAAAGCUACUUCUCUCACACUAUUCACACAGAAAGGAUCUUGCAUUUGGCUCAUAAUGGAAGUUGAAGCUAGCAAAAUGACACCAAAUGAUGAGUCAUGGACAAGUUGGUUGUGUGAUUUGGAUCCAGAAGAUUAUAAAAUCAUCAAUGACAUGAACAUGGUACCUUUGUCCCAAGACCAUAACAUCUUGCAACAAUCUUUGUCUAGUGGUAGCCAUUGUUCUCAAACAACCUCAAGCACUAUGAGUAAUUCCUCAGGAGAUGUUGUUAACAGCUGUGAGAGACCUUCAAAGACACUCAAGACUAAUAGCCCUUCAAAUAUAAGGUACCCUUUUUCACAAAAGAAUGAUUCUUCUCUUUCCUACAUUCUUUGUUUCGACAAUCCAGAACCAGAAGCAGAAGCAGAACAAGAACUAGGACCAAAAGGUAAGAUUUUGAAUCAUGGGAAGUGUUUAACUUCAAAAGGGUUUUUGGAGAAUCAAAAAAAGGAACCUAAAAGAGGUAUUCUAGAGAGUAAAAAGACUGAUGCAGUUGCAAAACAUGCUCAAGAUCAUAUAAUUGCUGAGAGAAAGAGAAGAGAGAAACUUAGUCAACAGUUCAUAGCUCUUUCAGCACUGAUUCCAGAUUUAAAAAAGAUGGAUAAGGCUUCUGUGUUAGGAGAUGCUAUAAAGUAUAUGAAACAGCUUCAAGAACAAGUGAAGAUAUUGGAACAGAAGAACCAAAGGAACAACAUUGAAUCUGUGGUUUAUGUUGAGAAGACCAAGUCAUGUUCUUCAGAUGAAGAUGUUUCAGUUUCAGACACUUCCUCAAAUACUGGAAAUGGUGGUAAUUGUUGUCACCCUUCAAAGAUGAAUCGGUCACUGCCAGAAGUUGAGGCAAGAGUGUCAGAGAAAAACGUGCUGAUAAGAAUUCACUGUGAGAAAGAAAAGGGUGUGUUGAUGAAGAUAAUCCAAGUGAUAGAGAAUCUUCACCUUUCUGUCAUUAGUAAUAGUACCUUGCUUUUUGGAACCAUGAAACUUGACAUUACCAUCAUAGCUCAGAUGGAUGAUGAAUUCAGCUUAAGUGUGCAGGAGCUAGUUAGAGCCAUUCGAGUCGGACUGUUGCAAUUCAUGUAGUACUAGUUAGUGGUUGCUACUUUAUUGCAAUGCUAGUACAUUAGUAUUUUGAUGUGAAUAAAUGUGUGUGUUUUGUUCUCAUUAAUGUUCACAUGACAUGAUGAAUGUGGUGAGAUAUAGAAUAGUUGUUGAGUUGAACCGCAUGAAUUAACAGGUUUGGUCUCUUGUUGUAAUGCGUGGUUUGUUUGAUUGUAAAAUGGAUAGCCUCGAAAAUCAAGACAUGUUAUGGCAUCACAGAAUUUUGUUUGUAUGUUAUAAAUAAAGUAUUCUGUA